UGUGUGUUUGUAUAUAGAAAUAGAAACUGAUAGAUUAAUUUCGCGUUUUAACAUCGAUUUUAGGUUGUAGUACAGAGAGUUAUUAAUGAAAACAAUAGUAGUAGAAUCAUGGAUUUUGUAGUCGCAGUACAGAGAGUAAGGAAUGACAGCAGCAGGUGAAGGAACAUGUUGCUUUUGCAGUAAAGACCUGACGGAAGAUUUGCUAACUCUUUACAGGCAACAGUAUCAUACUCUGCCUCUUUCACCAUUGAUAGAAGAAAAAGACACGCCUCUACUUAAGUUUUACGUCAUGCCGGACAUGAAUUCAGUGGAGAUCCAGACGUCGUUCGGAGGCGGCAACGAAAUUAAAUCAAAGAUCAACUACCUCCGUGAUGUGUUCUACAAGAAAAACAAAACAUGUCGUGAAAUUUACCUUACUGCUGAUGCUGGCUUUGGAAAAACUGCAUUUAGUAAGCGACUCGUGUUGACAUGGUGUCAAGCCAAAAAGCGUAUCAAAAGUGAUGAAAAAUUCUUUAAGGAGGAAGAUAUUCAGGCAAUAUCAGAGUUUGAGUUUGUGUUCUUGUUGUCGUUACGUGAUUGUUCUGAGGAAUGUGACAUUGAUAAGAUGAUCGUUAAACAAAUAAUUCCACGACUAGCACACACUUCUGUAACUGUAAGCGACAUUGAAUUUAUUCUUUCUAAGGGUAAAGGCUUGGUAAUCCUUGAUGGUUUAGACGAGUGGAUACACCCUGAGACCACCUGUAAGCUAGGACCACGUGACAUUCCACACAGGAAAGCUAGGGAAUGUACAAUCCUCACAACAACUAGACCGUGGAAGUUGAGUGUUAUCAGUUUAAGUUCAAGUCAAAUAGAUCAAAAGUUGGAACUUGUCGGAUUUAACAAAACGUCUGCUACAGAGUUAAAGAAAAGUGUGAUCUCACUUCUGACUGGAGACAAUAACGAAGGAAAACACAUUCAGGACUUUAACACCACUGUGAAACGUAAAGGCAUUUCGGAUUUGGAAGUUAUUCCGCUUCUACUGAUGUAUCUUCUGUGUUUAUGGUGUGAUGGAAUAGAUCUAGGAAGAUCUAAAUAUGCGUUAUACUGCCAAAUUGUUGAACUGCUCCUGAAACGAACGUUUAAAAAAUAUCCAGCCCUGCAGCAGGCGCGCGAACCACCACGAAGUGAUAUCUCACAAUAUUUCAGAGAACAUGUACAUUGUAAGAAAAACUACACCCUUCUGCAAGCUUUAGGACAAUUAGCAUUUGAAACAUUAUUCAGUGAAAAACGUGAAAGCACGCUAGUAUUUAGUCAGUCAGUCACUGAAAGGUUUUUAAGCAAUGAUGAUUUGAAACUAUGUUUUCUCUCAGGAAUAUUAACACAAAGUAAGGAAGUAAAAUUAACCAGUGAAAGUUCUAAAGUUUCGUUUUCCCACAAAACUGUACAAGAAUAUUUCUGUGCACUGUACAUCAGCUGCCAAAAUGAAAAUGAUGUCAAAAAAUUAGUCAAACGAAAAUUUAACAGUGUACAAAAUAUUCUUGAUAUGUCGAAAGUGUUUAUUUUCAUCAGUGGAAUGAAUGCAGAAAUCAUGUCUUCAAUAUCGCGCGAAUUAAUGUGUGUAAUCAGUGAAGAUCAAAUAACGAGAACAUACAGAUCUAUGGCAGACUACGAUUCCAGGUACGUUAAUCCUCUGAUAGACAUACAAAACAUGUACAUUUCUUGUUUGAAAGAAAACACGGACAACACUUCUCUUUGUUUCCAGGAUUUUAUCAUCGAUAAAGAAUGUCAACAAGAAAAUCACUUCUUGAAUUUAAAACAGCUGGUGAUACACAAUAAAAGAAAUAUUAUGUCAUUAAGUAUCGAAAAAGAAGGCAUUCGUUGUUUACUUGAACUUAUCGAUCAGUGUGAACUUGAUGACCUGCACAGUGUCAAGAAAAUCUAUUACGAAGGAGAAUGCAAGGAAGCGGAAAUCAUUCGGUUGUUGACAAACAAGUCGUUGGAAUGUGUAACUGUUCUAUCACAUACAUGGCAAGGUAAUAACUUAAUACACGAACUUAGUUCUUGUUCCAGUGAACUGUCUAAAACAGUUCAGAAUAUUUCUCAGUUACGAGCAAUUAAUAUCGAAUGUUUCAAGAUGGAGCACGAUGUGCUGAAGGAGUUUCUGAAUUAUAUUAUAAACAGAAAAUCAAUGGCGGAGAUUAGAUUGCACAACUUAUACUGUGUCACACACGGUAUUUCCUGCGGAGAAAUGAAUUUGGACUUUUCCCAGCAUUCAGAUCUAAGGACGUUAGGAUUGAGCACUAUACCUGUGUCACAAUUAAAAGUGAAUGUAUCGUCGUUAGAGGAUUGUGUUGUAGGACAUUUAUCUAAACCCGGUCUGUUCACGUCAUUGCUGAGAGAGCUGCCAGCAGCCAGUAAACUACACACAUUUAGUUGUGGUUAUCUAGAAUCUUCCGGUGACAUUGAAACAUUGCUGCAGACAUUACCAUUGUUAGUUCAAGUGAAAGAAGUUAGGUUGUGGGGUAUCAACCUAGGUGAAAGGUCACUGUCUCUGUCAUCGGAAAUGGUGAAUAUAGAACUUGUUUACUUGUGGAAGGUAACAAUGUCUGGUUCAUCAUUACGUAAUCUAGUUAAGGUAGUAGAGAAACUUCCACACUCAGUGACAGUAAGAAUGAUAAAUUGUAAUAUAAAACCGAAAACAGAAUUUGCAGACGUUAAAAAAUAUAUAAAAACAUCGGAGAAUUUCGUGGUCACGUUUGAUAGAAUCAAUCAGUACGACAACAAGUACACGUUUGAGUUUCAAACAACUGAAGCUGGAAGUCGAGUACAUUAAGUUAACCAGGGAACUUGGACUGAUAGUGUAGAAAUAUUUUAUAAAAAUUACUCAUUGAAUAUAUGUAACAUAAAACAUAACACAUCGACAUGACACAUGACAUGUAUGUACUGAGUUAAAAAUAGCCGUGCUUGCGAGUGAAAUAGACACGAAAAUCAAUUCUAAUUUUACAGAUUUAGGAAAAGGAGUUAUUAAAAUAGUUGUGCAUAGAAGAAGAGGAUGGACGUUUUCAUAUCUACAUGGAUUUAUUAGACAAGUGUACAUUAUCCGAGCUGUCUGCUAUGUCCCAUAUCUAGGCCAUGUGUGUGCAUUGGGUUGCCGAUGAGUACCAGUUAAAUAGACCGUAUUGAUUGAAUUGCAGGAACUGUUGGGUCUUGUGACAGCAAAUGGAACAAUAAAUUUAGUCGCCUUGAUCUGGAAUCAGAGCUUUAAUACCCGUGUGAAGUGCAAUAUAAUACAGGAGAUUUGCUUUGGUGUUGCCGCAGGGAUUCCGUCUCCAUAGAGAACUUUAUACAUAUCAUCAUUGGUUGUGUUAGAAUGGGAAACAUUUAAGAGUGACAUCUGUGAGAAGUACAGUGACAUCCACUGGCAUGAUGAGUUGUUGGAGAAUCUGUACACUGUGCCAAAAAUAGCAGGCAUUCUCUCUGUUGGAACAGUUCUGGAUCAACAGAGAUGAACAUUACUAAAAAGUUGACAGAGGAUUUUCUCCAUGAGUAAAGGAAUUACAGCAUCAACUUUAAGGAAAACCUGACUUAGGUUAACAACAAGUUAAAGUCUUUCAUCAAAGAUCAUACCACGGGUUGUAAUUUUGUACCUAGAUUCCAGAACCAAUGAAGGGUGAGUUGGUUUUGCUACCAUGAUUACUUUCAAAAUGGAAAUUAACCAGAUGAUGAUUCUUCAACUGGAUCUCAAGUGAACUGCAUCAGUAACAUCAGUUUAAGUAACUUAGUUUUUAUAGACAGGACAACCAGUUCUAUUUGACUAACUGGACCCAGUUCUGUGAAAGUUCCAAGCUUAUAAAUCAUCGGCUGUAUAUUACUAACUGGAUCCCAGCUUCAAUGAGAAGUAAAUAAUCAUGGAUAUCAAAACUGUUGCACAUGACCGGCUGGAGACAGCUUAGCAGAAAAGUUUCGUGAUGUUUCGAGACAACAAUGUAAAUCUUAUAUGUAGAAGUAUAAUCCUCCAAGUGAAAUUUUACAUUAAUGAAUAGUUUAAAACUAGUACAUAUAGGUUCAGCUGUUUUGUAGUGAUUAGCAACUUUUACAGUUCAGGUGAGCGAUGCAUGACCUUCCAGUCCCUCUUGUUUCAUGUUUUGCUCAACUACUAAAAUAGUCAGUUGAGCUUUUACACUCGCCCUUUCGUGUGGUCUUCUACCAAAAUCAUUCAAAUUAUGCUCCUGGGGUGAAAAUAGGCCAAAAACAUCUUGUCUGAAACUGCAAGGCUUAGGCUUUUGAUAUUUGGUAUGUGUAAUGCAUUGUCUUGUGGUCCACUACUUUUAUCCUGAUGAAUGUCUUAGUAGACCGAAACCGGUAGAUCAAUUAAUAAAUAGUAUAUCAACCACCCCGGUGUUCGACGUGUUGUUCUCCCCUUCCAGGUUUUUGUAUUUGUUGCACUCCAAAAAUUGUUCAAAUUAUGCCUCUAGGGUGAAAAUAGGCCACGAGGAUCUCAAGUUUUACAUAGACAUAUUACAUAGGAAAAAACUGUAAAAAUGUUCUUGUUAGAAACUGCAAGGCAUAGGCUUUUGAUAUUUUGUUAUGUUGCCUUGCCUAGUGUUCCUCUACCAAAUUGUUCAAAUUAUAUAUAUGCCCCUCGGAUGAAAAGAGGCCCAGUCCUGGGAAUCCUAAAUUUAACAUAGACUUAUAUUGGAAUAAAAUCUUCUUGUCUAAAAGCUUAACACCUAGGUCUUUAAUAUUUGGCAUGCAGCAUUGCCUAGUGGAUCUGACAAGAUUGUUUAAAUUAUGCCUCUUGGAUGAAACGAGGCCCCACCCUGGGGUCACUUUUUAUGUGAGUUAUAUAGGAAUAAAUACUUCAAAAAAUUACCAAAUCAUGUCACCUAGACUGUUUAAUUGUAAUUACCUGAUGACCUCAAGUGAUUAGACUGUGACCUUGUAAUAUUUAAGCAUCAGUUUGCCAUUUGAAACAUGUGGCUCAUAAUACUCAGGUGAGUGAUUCAGGGUCAUCAUGACCCUAUUGUUUACAUUUGUGCGAGUUAGCUGCUGUCCUCCGACAGCUCUUAUUUGUAAAUAUGCAUAUCAUACAUAACAUAUUGAAUGUUCAAAUUAUCAAUGUAACUCAUUGCAGAGUUGGAGCGGUCUUCUGCGCAUGCCCAAAAGUGAUAAAUCAAUUGUAGCGCACGGCAAAAAAAUAUGCAUAUAUUUGCAUGUCCACACGCAUUUAGUGUACAAUAUUCAUAAAAUACUGACUUAAGUUUAGAGUUAGUAUCACUAUGGUUACAAAAUAUAUACAUUUAAGAUAGUUUUCGUUCAAAUUUAGUUAAUCUGGUAUAUACCAGAGUCCAUAAUUUAUACCAUUGCUCCAAGUCUGCUUUGAGUCACAGUCCCAAGUUAUACAUGAGCGGCAAUGUAUGCCUUUUGCGUACUGUCUUUAGUUUGUUCAUAAAGAUAAAUACUCAGGAAAAUUAGGUUCAGUAUGAUGUAUAUAAAAUAUCUUUUAUUUUGUACAUACAUAUAGACACUGCUUUGUUGAACUUGCAUGUAAAUAUGUUGGCUAUCUAUAUCAUUGUCAUAGUUAUACUUUAUUCAUGCCUAGCAUUUUGCUAUGUUACUCAGGGAAUACACAUUUGCUAUUUAUUACAUUCAUGUUAUACGACUUUUAGCACAACUUAAGGUUUUGAUAUCACAAGUGUACUGUACAUAUAUUUUCUUACUUUCAAAUCUCUCUAGGAAUUUGAAUUGUUUCAGUCACAUAUUUUGUUUGUACAUAAUAUAUAACUUGUAUCAAGAUAUAAGUAAAUUGGCUAUACAUUUAUAUAUCAUUAAUUUGGAAAUGAUUAUAAGUCGGGGAAUACAGAUUUACAGUAUUACUAUGUAGCCAAAAGAUAGGUAUUUACUUUUUCGCUAUGAUUUAUGAAAACAUGUUUAUAGUAGUUUUGAUUGUCUUCCAAAAUAAACAAUUUACUCAGUGAUGAACAUUUCAAUAUGCUUAGCCAGCUUGAAAAGGAAAUGAUAAAGGUAUAAUUUUUUGUUUAUUCUUCUCUUGUAAAUGUGAAUAUAAGUGAGAAAAUGUACUGAGAAUGCAGAAACAGAUUGGUAAUGUAAACAGUUUGCACCUUUAGUGUUUUGUCUACAGUUGUAAUUUACUUGUAAAUAUUCUGUAAAUAAUGUUUCAUUUAUAAAAUGUUUAAAUGUUCAAGUAAGUUCUAAAUGCUCAAACUGAUAACAUAGGGCUUCCGAGGAUGUGUGGUAAAGCUUGCUCGCUUCAAAUUACUCCCCACUCCUGUAGAUUCAAACAGAGGAAGCUAUCAAACUGGUUUACUGAAAAUGAUUUUUUACCUGAUACGCAAGCCCAUGUCUUAAAAAUUACCCCGGGGCACUUGGGGUCUUCCUCCACACUCUGAAGUUUGAAAGUGACCUACCAUUAUGUUGAUGUGACAUUAAACAAAACCUUAAAAGACUGAUUAGACAUGCCUUAUAUGUCGUUGCUGCCUUCUGUCUAGACGGCCAGUUUAACCAGUCUCGAAUUUGUGUACUGGGCUACCUUGUAAAUAUGUAUAUAAACAUUAUAAUAUAUGUAAACUCCUUAUUUUUAAAUUUGAAUGGGAAGCAGUGUUUAAAGUUUUGUUUCAAAUGUGUAAUGUUUGAUAUCUAUAUGUUUGCCAAGACUAAAGAAUGGAGAUACAUGUAAGAAAAGCUCAAUGUGAUUAACACAAGUGGAUAUGUAAGAGAAUGUAUGAGCCGUGCCAUGAGAAAACUAACAUAGCGACUUUGCGACCAGCAUGGAUCCAGACCAGCCUGCUCAUCUGCGCAGACUGGUCAGGAUCCAUGCUGUUCGCUAACGGUUUCUCUAAUUGCAGUAGGCUUUGAAACCGGAUGUGCAGGCUGGUCUGGAUUCAUACUGGUCGGGAUCUCUGCUGGUCGCAAAGCCACUAAAUUGGUUUUCUCAUGGUGCGGCUCAUAUUACUUUUAAGUUCUGUAUUUAGAACUUUAAUUUGUGAAAUUCUACAUGUAUCAAUUUUGUUUUGCUGUCUUUCAAAACAGCUAUUGGUUAUUAAUAACUACCUAUUCACUGAAUAGUAUUCAGUAUAUUA